UGUUCUAAACAUUUUUAGUUUGGUUGGGGUCAAUCAGGACUUACUGUUCUCCAUGAUUCUUUGUACAUGUACUACACAUGUUAAUUUGGCAUGAAAGUAGUGUGGAAGGGUAUCCAUAAUGAACCAUAUACGAGAUGAAACAAUUAAAUCGAAGGAAAACAAUUAAACCAGGACUUAAUGUUCUCCAAUAUUCAACUCAAUUAACCAGUUCAUUGAAUCAAAAUCUCAACAAUCUAAAAUGUCCUUCCUCAACUCAGAAAACCAUUUUUUACCAUUUUUUUUUAUACACUCUCUCAAAACCUACAAUUCGUUGCCCAAUAUGCAAAAACAGCGAAAUAUAGAGGAAAAGCAACCCAUUCAAACAAAACCCAGAAGCAAGAAUCUAAAUUGAAAAAAGAAAAAGGGUAGAAACGUAAUUUUGUUCAAGACCAUAUGACAUCAGCAGAAAGUCUUUGAAAACUUAAAAACCAAGAAAAAAAAAGUAAUGGUAGAAAAAUGAGUUUCCAUUCCCAUUUCCCAUGGACAUACUAAGCCUUCAAAAGGCGCGCAUCUUCAUCCUGAGGAAACAGAAACACAACCCUUAAACGGUCUCCGCCGAUCAAAUCUCCAUAAGAAUGACAGAUCCGUCGGAAUCAGCGUCGCCGGCGUGGGCCGAGCUGACGCACGAGUGCCUGACCAACAUCGUGUCGCGGCUGAGCGUGGAGCAGCGGUGGCGCGGCCCCAUGCUCGUCUGCAAGCUCUGGUUCCGCGCCGCCACUUACUCCUCUCUCUUCUCCGAGUUCGACCUCGAACCCCGAUUCGACUCGGCGCCCACCGAGUCACCGGCCUGGUGGUCGCCCGAGUUCCAGACCAAAAUCGAUUCCAUGCUCCGAUCGGUCCUCGAUUGGAGCCAUGGAUCUCUCUCCCUUAUUCGGAUCAGACACUGCUCCGAUCUCUCCCUUCAUCUCGUCCCUCAAAGGUGCCCAAACCUUGAGGUUCUUUCCAUCAAGAGCUGCCCCAAUGUUACAGAUAAAUCAAUGGCUAAGAUUGCUCUUGGUUGCCAAAAGCUCCGGGAAGUCGACAUCAGCUACUGUUAUGAAAUCUCCCACGAAUCUUUGGCGUUAAUCGGCAGGCAUUGUCCAAAUAUAAAGACUCUAAAACGGAACUUUUUCAACACUCUAGAUCCUUCCCAACACACGGGAAUUGUCCCCGAAGAUUAUCUAAAUGCCUGCCCUCAAGAUGUGGAUUCAGAAGCUGCAGCUAUUGCAAAGUUCAUGCCCAACUUGGAGCACCUUGAACUCUGUUUCUCUAAACUAACAGCUAAAGCCCUUAGUUUGAUCUGUGAAGGAUGUCCAAACCUCAAGUACUUGGAUCUGUUUGGGUGUGUGAACUUGACAAGCCGCAAUAUAGCGAAUGCUACUACAAGUCUGGAGAAUUUGGAGAUUAGGAAACCAAAUUUCUAUAUACCGAGGUCGGUCUUUCACACAGAGAGGUAUGGUCAUUGGAGGCUGUAUGACGAGAGGUUCCAAACGGAUGUUUUCCGAAUUUGAUCGAGGUAACUGUCAGAUGCAGGGUUUAUGUACCACUGCACUUAAGAACCAAGAUCAGAGUUGUUCUUCUAAGUUGUACAGUUCUUCCCCAUAAUUUGGCUGUUUAUGUUUCAUAACAGAUCUGUUAGUUGUGUUUGAACUUGUAUGGUGGAUUGAUGUUGUACCAGAUUUGUAUAACUUAUAAUUAACAGCUUGUGUGUUUCAGGUUCAACCUUGUAUAUAUCUUUGUGUUAUUGUUUCCAAAUUUGUGGGAACCUUUUCCUUUUUUU